AACCCGCGGCGGCAGGAGGGCGCGCGAGCCAUGGCCGGGGACAGCGAGCAGACCCUGCAGAGCCAUCAGCAGCCCAGCAGCGGCGAGCCCUUCCUGAUCGGAGUCAGCGGGGGCACGGCCAGCGGCAAGUCUUCCGUCUGUGCUAAGAUCGUGCAGCUGCUGGGGCAGAAUGAGGUGGACUGUCGCCAGAAGAAGGUGGUCAUCCUGAGCCAGGAUAGCUUCUACCGUGUCCUCACUUCAGAGCAGAAGGCCAAAGCCCUGAAGGGCCAGUUCAAUUUCGAUCACCCGGAUGCCUUUGACAAUGAACUCAUCUUCAAAACACUCAAAGAAAUCACCGAAGGGAAGACAGUCGAGAUUCCUGUAUACGACUUCGUCUCCCAUUCUCGGAAGGAGGAGACAGUCACUGUUUACCCUGCCGACGUGGUGCUUUUCGAGGGGAUCCUGGCCUUCUAUUCCCAGGAGGUGCGAGACCUGUUCCAGAUGAAGCUUUUUGUUGACACAGAUGCGGACACCCGCCUCUCCCGUAGAGUAUUAAGGGACAUCAGCGAAAGAGGGAGAGACCUCGAGCAGAUUUUAUCUCAGUACAUUACUUUCGUCAAGCCUGCCUUUGAGGAAUUCUGCUUGCCAACAAAGAAGUAUGCUGACGUGAUCAUUCCUAGAGGUGCAGAUAAUAUAGUGGCCAUCAACCUCAUCGUCCAGCAUAUCCAGGACAUCCUGAAUGGAGGGCUCUCCAAACGGCAGAUGAAUGGCUACCUCAAUGGCUACACCCCUUCUCGCAAGAGACAGGCCUCAGAGUCCAGCAGCCGGCCUCAUUGACCCCGCCUUCAGACCCCGACUCCCAUCUCCAUGAGACAGGAGGAAGGGUCAGGAGGCGCUGUUCAUCUGUACAUACCGUUUCCUAUAUGACAUACUGUAUGUAAGAGAACACCAUGAAGAUGAAAUGCCUUUGACCUUUUUCUUUUCUUUUUUUGUACUUUGGAACAGCAAAACUGAACUUGACCCUGAGCUUAAAUGACAAACUGUGCCAACUAAACUACUGGUAAUGCCUAAUAAUGACUCCAACGUGUAACCAGUUAUAAAUACAUAUACAUA